UAGGAGCACUGAAGUAGUAUAAGUACCUCACAUAGAAAUGUAUAAAGAUCAUCUGACGCCGCAACCACACCGCAGAGUGGGCUGAAAGGGUCGAGCUCUCCACCAGGUGCUGUGUCCUUGUCUACAUCAUGUUGCGAAUCAGCUUACUCUGCGCCUUUGUGGCGGUAACCAUAGCGGCAAGCUCUCAUGAAAUCCUACGCACCCAAUGGGAGGCAUUCAAAGCUACCCACAAAAAAUCCUACCAAUCCAACAUGGAGGAGCUCCUGAGGUUCAAGAUAUUUAGCGAGAACACCCUGCUGGUUGCCAGGCACAAUGAGAAAUACGCCAAAGGCCUCGUAUCGUACAAGCUUGGCAUGAACCAGUUCGGCGAUCUGCUGCCGCACGAGUUCGCAAAGAUGUUCAACGGCUACCGUGGUGCGCGCGCAACGGGACGGGGAUCUACCUUCUUGCCACCGGCGAACGUCAACUACAGCAGCCUGCCAGAAUCUAUGGACUGGCGUGAGACAGGAGCCGUGACACCCGUGAAGGACCAGGGACAGUGCGGGUCCUGCUGGGCCUUCAGCGCCACUGGGUCUCUGGAGGGCCAGCAUUUCCUGAAGACCGGCAAGCUGGUCUCACUCAGUGAGCAAAACUUGGUCGACUGCUCCGAAUCCUUCGGGAACCACGGCUGCGAGGGUGGGCUCAUGGACAACGCUUUCCAGUACAUCAAGGCGAACCACGGUAUUGACACCGAAGAAAGCUAUCCUUAUGAGGCUCAGGAUGGCGAGUGCCGUUUCAAGAAGCAAAACGUUGGUGCAACCGACACCGGCUUCGUGGACAUCGAGCAGGGAUCUGAAGACGACCUGAAGAAGGCGGUCGCCACCGUUGGCCCAGUUUCCGUAGCCAUCGACGCAAGCCACUCAUCAUUCCAGCUGUACUCCGAAGGAGUGUACGACGAGACCGAAUGCAGCAGCGAACAGCUGGACCAUGGUGUGCUCGUUGUCGGCUAUGGUGUUGAGGACGGCAAGAAAUAUUGGCUCGUCAAGAACAGUUGGGCAGAAACCUGGGGAGACAGCGGCUACAUCAAGAUGUCACGUGACAAGGACAACCAGUGCGGCAUCGCCUCUGCAGCCAGCUACCCACUCAUCUACCUUUUAUCACAUCACCUGGAUAAGCACGAAGUUUGUUUCAUACAGCCACAAAGCGUCUGGGUUUGCUGGAGGAAUUUAGUGCUCUACAGAGAAAGGUUUCGCGCGCCUUUCCCCGCCAUGCAACGGCUCUACUCAAUUUGCUACCUGUUAGCAGCAGCCAUAGCCGCAAACUGCCAAGACGUCUAUCGCACUGAUUGGGAAGCGUUCAAAUCAGCCCACAAUAAAGCCUACCAGUCGAGUGAAGAAGAGCAGUUUCGGUUCAAGAUCUUCACUGAAAACAGCCUUCUGAUUGCCAAGCAUAACGCAAAAUAUGUUAAAGGACUCGUGUCUUUCAAGCUCGGCAUGAACCGCUUUGGGGACCUGCUUCCACACGAGGUUUCGGAAACGCUGAACGGAUUCCGCGUCAGGCACAGAAUUGAGCGAAACUCCACCUUCGUGACCCCUGCCAACCUCAACGACAGCAACUUGCCGGAAAGCAUCGACUGGCGCGAGGAAGGAGCAGUGACAGCUGUCAAGGACCAAGGAAAGUGUGGAUCGUGCUGGGCCUUUAGUGCAACAGGCGCUCUGGAGGGCCAGCAUUUCCUGAAGACCGGCAAACUUGUUUCACUUAGUGAACAAAAUCUUAUUGACUGCACCCGAUCAUACGGUCCCAGAGGCUGCGAUGGCGGAAACUAUGACCUCGCCUUCACGUACGUCAAGGACAACGGCGGCAUUGACACCGAGGAUAGCUAUCCAUACGAGGCUGCGGAUGGUCCCUGCCGCUUCAAGAAAGAAGAUGUGGGUGCCACGGAUACCGGGUUCGUCGACCUCAAGCUGUUCUCGGAGAGUGAACUUCAGAAAGCAGUAGCGAACGUUGGCCCAAUCUCUAGCGGCAUUGACGCAAGUCGGAGCACAUUCCAUUUCUACGCCGGAGGAGUGUACGACGAUCCAGAUUGCUUCUCUACGUUGCCUGACCACGCUGUUCUUGUCGUUGGCUAUGGCGUUCUCGAUGGCAAGAAGUACUGGCUUGUGAAGAACAGUUGGGGCGUGUCUUGGGGUGACAAGGGCUACAUCCUGAUGUCCCGCGACAAGGACAACCAGUGCGGUAUCGCCACUGUUCCCAGCUACCCGCUUGUAUAAGCAGUACAUUUUCAAGGAAAUACAAUUCAUUUAGUAAUGCGGAAAGACAAACAGCACGGUAUAACGAGUCCGAAUAAGGUAUAGCGAUGCACUGUCUCCUUUUUUUCAAGUGUACAAAGCACUUACGCUGGCCGAGAUCAUGUGUGGUGAAUAAACAGACUACCUUACAAAAGAAA